AUGGUCUCCAGUACCAAUAACAGUGGUAGGCUAUCUGUGCAGCCAGAAACAGACGUCGAUGUCGUUGCCGUCCCUUCGAUUGGAGGCGAUCCCAGCAAAACAUGGAUCGACGAAGAUUCCCAGAGAUCAUGGCCUGUUACCGAUCUAGCGAAGCAUAUACCUAAUGCGCGAGUGCUGCUGAUAGACCACGGAACCCUCAGCCCGCAGGAUGGCCUGGACUCCUUGGGUCACCGACUACUCAUACAGCUUCUUCACGAAAGACAACACACGAAUAGCAGACGGCCCAUCUUCUUCAUCUGUCACAGCACCGGUGGACUGGUGGUAAAAGCAGCCCUUGUUAUUGCUGGUCACUCUGCAUCACACCUCAAUUCCAUUUUUUCGAGUUGCUAUGGAAUCGCUUUCCUGGCCACUCCACACAAAGGGUCGACCUAUCUUUCUGCGCCGGAAUAUGCCAAAAGCGUUCGUCGCCUGAUGCAACCCAGAUAUCAUGUUCCACAUCAAAUGCGAGAGUUGUUUAGGCCUCGGCAUCCAAGUCUUCUUCACUUAACCAAUCAAUUUCGGUCGAUAUCGGCGGAUAUCAAGAUAUGGUCUUUACUGGAAACGGUCGAUUCAGUACUGAAUGUUACAGAUUCGGGUACUCAUGGGGUGGUGGAAAUGAACGUGCCCAUCACUUCCAUCAGAUCAGGCCUCUUGGAUUUUGAGCAUGAAAAGGAGAUCCCGCUGGCAACGGAUCAUGUUGGAACAGCGUGCUUCAAAGGCCAAGAAGCGACUACGAGACUAAGCUUCAUCAAGGAACUGGAGGCAUCGACUUCGGUAGCUCGGCAAUUAUCUCUCAUGGCGGAUACUCCGUUGCACGUCGAGGACGAAACAUUGAUCCAGGUCAACGGAUUCUUUGAGGAUACCGCUCGCGGUGUUAGCGAUGAAACACCUUUGAAGCUCUGGUCCACUAAAACCCGACUGAGUGAUUAUCUGAAGGACGGACCCUCGAUUUGCUUGGAAGAUCGUUUGACGAGCACCGCAAGAAUUCCUUCUGGCUCGUUCGAUGAUUCAUCAGUCAGCAGUUUCGACAGCCGACCAUCGUCAGCUAUGGCAGGUCCUGACUACAGCUCUUACGAUGAACUGGACUCGGAAGACAUUACCGCAGCCCACACCAAGAGCAUUCCAUCCAGGCCAACUAUGAAAAGGAGUCGCAGUUAUCUAGCCCAGUCUUCACCAAGAAUUCAUGUCUCAGAGCCGGCUGUUGAAAGCUAUUUUGAUGAACAAAAUGGUGAUUCGGCAUCUAGAGACAAUAAUGCAGGACUGAAAAGUGACACCCAUGUUGAAAGCGUGGCUGGUUUAUCGUCGCAACCCAAAAGACUUCUUCCCGUACCACCAUCUACCAGAGAUCGGCAUAAUCAAGACCGAUGCGAAAUUCCCCGAGCUGCUCCUCGAUUUGACCGUCCCGAGCCGGGUAGCGAGAAACUUGUCUGGAUACACGUUCCGUAUACACAUACUGGAUGGGUACCCCCUGUCCUGUCUAAAGCGUGUGAAGAGGAGCAAAGGCCAGAAUUUUUCAGGAAGUUCAUAAACGAAGAGAACUGGUUUUCAAAUCUUGUCAGGGCGCGUCAUUUAGAGCCUCAUGCUCGGUUUGUACGACCUACAUGUAUCCAUUCCAGACAGGAUGACCCUACGACUGUUGACAAGGAAGAGGGCUCCCAUGGCCCUCAGCUUGCCAUAUACCUUCCCUAUCUUCAUUGGGACACAUAUUGUAACCUGGUUCAGCGGCGGAACGCCGUCGAACAGCGACUACAGCAAGGACGAUCAAAACCAGUUCCUGAUUCAAUAUCCAAAGCCAGUCAUGAAUCGCAGUUAAUUUGGAGAUUUCUAGGCAGUGAGCCUCCUAUCCAUAUACGGAGAACCCUGGACCAGUAUGGAUAUCCGAAUCUACGUUCAACAGUGGCUAGAGAUGAUGAUCAAAUGCUGUGGAAACGCACAAAGAAGUUUGUUGACCCGAAUGAGGAGCUUGGACAACUGUCGUCUGUUCAAGAUGUGGAUGACCCCCAAAAGCCAAUAAUGGAUGGAAAGGUUCUCAUGGUGGACCAACUUUGGUUAUGGAUUGUGGACCCCAAAACCGUCGUUACUUUUUUCCCUAAGCAAGAAGCCACUACCGCCGAAGGAAAGCUCUACGAACAAGCAAAUCUCUUUAAUAGUAUUUAUAACGAACUCAACGGAGACCUUGCGAGGAGAUUCGAGACUGUUGGUGACCUGGCGGCACUGAUAGUGUUGCACGCAGUCACUGUUCUCCUGGAUAGGACCUUGCAUCAUGAUCUGCAGAUUGAGUCAAUGACCAGAUCAUUUAAGCGUUUUCGAGGCCGAGGAUUCAUCGUCACACCUUCGGAUUACAACAAAACACAGGGUGGAAAGCCAAUGACUACGGAAGAGCGCUUUGAAAGAGAUUAUCGGAUCGUAAACCAACAUCGCGCGGACCUCUCAACCCUUCUAGAGUUGAGGGAUAUCGUGGAUGAACUAGGAACGGUAUUGAAGCUCCUCGAACAACAGACAGCCACUGUUAAAAUUAUGGCCAGCUACUUCGAGGAAAAAGGUUACGGCAAAGUUUUCAUUGAAUCCGCCCUCUCGAGACUGGAGGAUUACCACACCCAGGUUCUUGAGAUGAAAGAAAACGCAUACUCGGCACAGAAGGAUGCCGAAAGUCUCCUUGACAUAAAACAAGAGCAAGCCAAUAUUGACGAGUCCCGGAUGGCUCGAUGGCAAGCCGAAGUCACACGCGAUCAAUCGCAGUCCGUCAUGGUCUUCACCAUCUUCACUGUGAUUUUCCUACCUUUGUCCUUCUUUACUUCCCUCUUUGGCAUCAACGUUCGCGAAUGGAGCGGCGAAGAGACCAACCUAACCAUGUCCCAAAUGUUGUCCAUUUCAGGCCCAACCUCCUUCGCAAUCAUCGUAAUCGCCCUGUUGAUGGCCUUCAGUGAACGGCUCCGCGAUGUUACAGCAAAAGCGCAAAAAGUCGCAUUCGGAAUAACGAGAGAAUUUAUUUUCCGUCCCUUGGGCAUGAUGCUCCACGGGAACAGAAAUCAGCCAAACACAAAGAAGCAGAAGGUCACUCCAUCGAUUAAUACUGACCGCACGACUAGAAAGGAACGAUUCGGUCGAUAUCUCGGAAACCGUCAACUUAAAGAUGACGAUAUCUGGGAUCGGCAUGAAGACCGGGUGAUAUCACCACUACCUCCGCCUGUUCUGGGUUCCGAUGGCGAAAAGGUGGUUUAUAGUACGGCGAGUAAAGAAAGGCAGUUGGAUCGAGAGAUGGCAUGA